AUGGCGGCUCGAAUCUCUCAGGGUUUGAUUGGCCAUGCAGCGCCACCAGAGAGCAUACAGCGUCAGAAGGGCGAAGAGCAAGACUGGUUCACUCAGUUGUCUGGAGGCUUCGAGCUGCCCUACCGAGGCGAUGCGCCGCAACGAUUCCACGACGCCGUUGUGACAAGCUAUGUUCCGAUGUACGACGGACAAUGGCCUUCCGACGAGGACCAGAAAAAGGGCGCGUACGGCCGCACGAUACCGAUCAUCCAAUCGAGCGGUACGGGCAAGAGUCGCAUGGUCCACGAGCUGCGCAACCUUUGGCCCACGCUCAUCCUGACGCUGCGCAGGAACGCCAACAUGCCUACCAAGGGCUUCCCGGUGGCCGAGGCUGGCGUCGUCAGUUUCUUCUUUGAGCGAUUCGAGCUCUUUGACCGAGCGGAUCUUGCCUUUUUAGCCUUCUUCAUCGCCUGGCUCGACAGGGCACGCAAAGAGCUCGAAAAGGCUUGCAAUUCGUCGAAGCCCCCAAUCUCGAUGGGCGAGCUCUUCGCCCUCUGGCAUCCAUCCAAAGACACGUCGGCUUUCGGCAAAGGGGUCCGUGAAGGCCUGUUCCAAGAGGUCUGCGAAUCUGCGGACUCGCUGCGAACACGCUUUCCCGAAGACUUCCAAGGGCCUGUUCCGGCCAACGAGGUCGCUGGCCCCGCAGCGGAAUCCGACGAGCCGGCACAAAAGCUGAGGAAGCAUCUCCGUCACCUCACCCGGCUCAUGGAAGAUUACCUCGUUCCGAUCCUCAAUCGUCUCCAGCAGCUCCUUUGUGACGCCAUGCCGGUCAAGCAAAAGCGGGCCGAGCUCGACAAGACGGCGGAUGCCGUGCAGCCAACGAUCUUCUACAUCGCCAUCGACGAAUUCACGCUCCUCGAUACCCCAACCUCGACGACCCCUUCCGAGAGCCUCUGUCGAUGCAUCGCCCUCCUGUCGGAGCUCCACGGCAACUCACGCUUUCAGAUCUGGUUCCUGCUCUUGGACACGACAAGCGCGGUGGCCAAGGCACUCCCGGCUCAGGCCAAGGAGAAUUCCGAGCGAGCAGCCAACCAGCUUAGCGUGCCGGCUUGGUGGGACAUCGGGUUCGAUCUCCUGUGGCGCAAAGGCGCGCAUCCAAAGUCGGCGCUCGACGUCCUCACCCUCGACCAUCUGAAGCUUUACGGACGGCCUCUGUGGUCUAUCUAUGCCAGCGACCAAGUCCUCGACAGCGCAGUGUUGAAACUGGUCCGCACCGAUGGCGCCGCCGACUUGGGCAGCGCUUCAACGGUUGCAGCGCUCUUUUCGCAGCGAUGCUGCAUGGAUCUGCUCCCGCUUCGGCCCGGCAGCCAGUCGAAUGUCGUCGCUCGCGAGCUCGUGGAGUCACACAUGCGCUACCUCUGCGGGUUGGAGAACGACGCCGUCUGCAAGACGACAGUUCAUAGCGAGCCGAUGCUCGCGUUGGCGGCGUGGUUCGUCCUGCUAAAGGAUCCGAAGGCUUAUUCUGAAGCCCUCGAGACGCUGGUCAGCGAGCUCAUCAGCCUCGGACGUGAUCUGGACUUGGUGGGAAGCCAUGGAGAGUUCCUCGCACGACUCCUCCUCGUCAUGGCGAGGGACGCUGCUUUCAAGAUUUACGGCACCCCAAACGCGCGGCGGAUCCGCGCAGUCGAGGCCCUAUCCCUCGACGACUUUUUGGGUCUGCUCGUCGCCGAGCCCAUUUCGACGCAGGUCAAGAGCAAGCUCAGCGGUAUCGCCGCAGAUGCCUGGCUCAGCUUCACGCACAUAAUCCCGUUUGAGCGUGGCAUCCGCAACAUCAGCCAGGAUCAGCUCUGGCACCUCUGGAAGCGCGGCGCCGGUAUCCAGUGCCAUCACGACGAGCAAGGCAUCGACGGCCUGCUCCCCGUCUUCCUCGGCAGCGCGGAGGACCUCUCGUCGUCGGUGAAAAGCGAGAUCGAGCUCUCGCGUCGGAUGUCGUACGUCGGAUGGCAAGUUAAAAACCGCAAGGAGCCGAAAUACGGCCUCAAGCACCUCCACGGGCCGCCGAUUGUUUCCAGCAAGUUUGGACCGACGCCAGACGCGCGGACGAGCUCGGUCAUGACCAUUCUUUUGGAGCUGGGAACAGAGGCCAAGUUCAGAGGAUCCGGCAGCCGUGCCGAGGUCGUGACGAGCGCCUGUCCCACGUCCGAGGCCGACGAUCACUGCAAGUCGUUCGGCGGCACGACGGUCCUGAAACUCCGCGGUCGCACUAGCGAGACGUACGGAUGCCUUGACCGGCUGGAUGUGGCCACAGCGUUCGGCAAGCUGGUGAAGCAGGUGGACCUGCGACAGGCACCUGGUGGCGGGACCAGGUCAGACUACCUGAUGCCGGAGCUCCCCGAGCUGUGCUACUGCGACGAUGCCAUCGAGCACUUGCAGGUGGCCCAGCAUGCCGACGGCGCGGCGCAGGCCGAGAACGAGGACGAGGAACAGGACGAUAGCGGCGAGAAGGAGACGAAGCGCAGUCGUCUGUCAUGA